CAGCAACCAUUCAUAGAUCGAGAGACGAAUUAUCCCGAGACCAAAAGACCACCAAGCCAAUAGUAGCUAGAAAAUCAAAUCGAUAUGAAGAAGUGCCCGACUCUACCCCAUCUCAUUCUUUCAUUCCUCUUUAUAGCCACUUUUCUCUCUUCCUCGACCCACGCAGCCGUCGGCAAAUGGGAGCUGCUUACGAAAAACGUCGGCAUUUCCGCCAUGCACAUGCAACUCCUCCACAACGACCGCGUGGUCAUGUUCGACAGGACAGACUUUGGAGCAUCUAACCUCUCCCUCCCCAACGGCGUCUGCCGCAACAACCCCAACGACACAACCCUUAAAGUCGACUGCACCGCUCACUCCGCGGAGUAUGAUGUGGCGUCUAACACAGUCCGUCCUCUGUUCGUGUUCACGGACACCUGGUGCUCAUCAGGAGCAGUAAAUCCCAACGGAAGUCUGGUCCAAACAGGAGGUUACAACGAUGGAGAGAAAAUGGUUAGGGUUUUUACUCCUUGUGCUACUUGUGACUGGGAAGAAAUUGGAAAUGUGCUAGCCAACUGGAGAUGGUACGCCACCGACCAUAUUCUUCCAGAUGGACGGCAAAUAAUCAUCGGCGGACGUGGGCAGUUCAGCUACGAAUUUUACCCAAAGAGUGAAGGCUCAAUGACCUCUCUCAAUCUGCCUUUUCUUCAAGAGACAAGUGACGGCGCCGCCAUAGAAAACAAUCUCUACCCAUUUGUCUUUCUCAAUGUGGACGGCAACCUUUUCAUCUUUGCUAACAACCGAGCCAUUUUGUUCGACUAUGUUGCCAGUAAAACCGUGAAGACGUACCCCACAAUACCUGGUGGGGAACCAAGGUCGUAUCCGAGCACCGGUUCGGCGGUGUUGCUACCUCUCAAGAGCACAAAUGGUCAGGCUGCGGAAGCUGAGGUUUUGGUCUGCGGUGGAGCUCCUUUCGGCGCUUAUACUAAAGCCUUAAAAAAGACUUACAUGGAUUCAUUGAAGUCAUGCGCCAGGAUCAAAAUAACCGACCCGAACCCGGAGUGGGUUAUGGAAGACAUGCCUCUAGCUAGAAUCAUGGGUGACAUGACGUUACUUCCCAAUGGUGACGUUUUGAUUAUCAACGGUGCCGCACAAGGAACCGCAGGGUGGGAGCUCGGGCGUCACCCGGUCCGGACCCCGGUUGUUUACAAGCCCGAUAAUGCGACAGGCUCACGGUUCGAGCUACAAAACCCGAGCGCCAUUUCACGCAUGUACCACUCAACUGCAGUAUUGCUACGUGAUGGAAGGGUUCUUGUUGGAGGUAGUAACCCUCACGAACGUUACGUAUUCUCAAACGUGCUUUUCCCAACCGAUCUGUCCUUAGAAGCUUUCUCUCCUAAUUACUUGGACUCCAAGUUUGCAAGUGUACGUCCGACCACCUUGUCACCUUCGUCACAAGCUGAGGUUGGUUAUGGAGAGAAGCUAACGGUUUCAUUUUCGAUAACGGGAACAAUAGCACUGGACACGGUGUCUGUUACAAUGGUGUCACCUUCAUUUACUACGCAUUCGUUCUCAAUGAACCAAAGGCUAGUGAUUCUUGCUUCCGAGACGGUGAGAGCACUGGGGAACUUGACGUUUCAAGUCGAGGUUACGACGCCGGCUUCCGGUAAUCUUGCACCGUCCGGAUAUUUUCUUCUAUAUGUGGUUCAUCAGCAGAUUCCAAGUGCAGGCAUUUGGGUGAAAAUUCGGUAAUGUAGUUAUAGGUACCGUUGAUUUCUCAAUUUUUUUUCUUUUUCAUCUUGUACAUCCAAGUGCAUGCACAAGUUGUAAUUUACUGAAUCCUGCAAAAUGUAUCCUAUUUUCGUUUGAUUGAAAUGAUUGCAAAUUUUAGACUUC